AUGGAAUCAAUUUCAUCACACUAUGCUGCUGCAAGAAGAAAUAAAGCUAAAUUAGCAUCAAGUGGGUUGGAUAGACAAGAGAUUGAGGUUGAUAAAGAAAACAUACCAUCAUAUGCUCCUCAUUCAAAGCGUACAGGGGUUUCAGAAAUGGCUAGUGCUACAAAGAGAAGAAAAACAGAGGUUGGUGCUAAAGAAAUUCAUUCACCAUUCAAACAAACAUUAUCACCAUCAAAAGGUCAGACAAAUUUGUCGAAAAUCCUUAACUCUGCUCCCCAACCACCAAGAGAAACCAAACAAACAAGACCAGUAUUGAAACCUCUAGACCGAAAACCUUUGAAGACAUCACCUUCAAUAUCAAAUUUAUCUAAACCUUUACCAAGGUCAUCAACAACCGCAUCUGUGAAAACAUAUUUGAAUCCAACAGUCUCUUCUCUCAAAUCAUCAACGUCUUCAAAACAUUUAUCAAGAUCGUCAACGUUAAACAACCUUACAAAACCUACUGCUGCAAGCAUUUCAAAAUCUUCAACAACUCAUAAUUUAGCACAAACUUUACACAGAAAACCUUCAUCUACAAAUCUCCAGGAAUCUGUUUCAAGAAUACCCAGAUCCAAAUCAACUAUAAACAACAAGAAUGCUAGGCCCUCGUGGAGAUGA